AUGCUAUUGGUCGAUUGGCGUAGAGCGGAGGAGAAGCCGGCAAAUCAGGGGACGAUUGCUUCACGUAAUAACGGGAACGAGCCACAAGACAUGGAUCAAGAUCAAGGACACCAUGGCUCCAGUGUAGAUUUUUUUUCUUUGAAUACGUUGGCCAACGAUAUAAAUAGGUGUAUUGGGCCCAUGGUAAACAAGCUUGAAGAUCUGGGCACUCGCUUAAAACAUAUCGAGGUGGAGGUGAAUAAAUAUGCACCAAUGCAAGAUAAUGUGGUUGAGAUUCCUACAGAGGAGAAGCCAUCUCAUUACAACACAAACAUUGGUCUACCAACAUUCCCUGAGAAGUUUAAUCUUGAUGUCUUUUGCAAAUGGGUAAAGGAACUAGAAUUGUAUUUUGAGUAUCAUUGUGUUGCACAGCCAGAACAAGUAGAACUUGUAGUCAGCACAUUGCCACAGGAAGGAGAGGCUUUCAAAUGGUGGCAAGAUAUUCAAAAGCUAAACGAGAAAGUCUAUAAAAAUGAUCCCAUUUGGUGGGCAGAGAUGAAGGUGUUGUUUAUGGAUAAAUUCCUUUCUCCAUAGAUUGUUUUAUAGCCAAGGAAAAAUCCAUAAGUUUCCUUGUGUUGGCUAUCAAAUUUAUUUAUCUAAGGAAAUGGAAUUGCAUGUAUUGGAAUUUAAGGAAAAUUAAAAUCCCUAUCGGUUGUUUGCUAGAAAAUAGUUGGAUUAAGCAACUCUAUAUGUAUACUAGGGACAUUUUAAGGGCCGAUGGUAUUGUAAAAAACAGAUUUAAUGCAAAAAUUAGAAUUUAUUCACA